AUGGAUUCCUCUGAACCCCUCCGCCUUCAUACCUUACCUGUCGAUAUCCUCAUAGACAUCUUCAAAGCUCUGCCGAGCUUUGCUUUAGUUCCCCCCCUCGUCUUGACUCAUCGCGCCUUCAACGAUGUAUGGGCUGCGAAUUUCAACGAGAUCGCACCAUUCAUCGCACGUAAAAACUUCCAGCCUUGGUCGGAUGCUCUUAACCUUAUGCUCGAACAAAAGAACCUUGACUAUGAUGUCAUCGCUCUCCCCGGUCCGUACUUGCGCCUCUCAAGGGAUGAUAUCGCCCAACUUCAGAAUAACGCUCGUUACGUCAAUUAUCUCCAAAGAUCCCACAACGAUUGGAAAGAGCAAUGGUGGAAUAGCCCUCUUACAGAGUCCGAGGUGUUUCGAUACCACAGGGCCACCUAUCGAUUGUGGAAGUUUAUGCUCACAAUGUAUCUGCCGAAAUGUGAGGAUAUGUGUGAUGGAUACACGAUUAUGGAUCUCAUCGAUAUGCAGACAGCCGCGAGGAAGUUUGAUGUCUAUUACGAUUUCGAGGUGACGGGGCUGCCGAAUUUUGAAAAGGCUCCCACGGGCACGGCGAUCAACAGUUUGUAUAGCAUGUUAAGACGACGGGUCACUGCAUUCUGUGAGUGCGAUGAAAGUAUCGAUUCGGACGAUGUAUAUGAGUGCAACAAGCGGUAUGCGAAUUUGGUGAUGCUGGACCCGGAGGAGAUGAAGGGUAAGGAGUGGGUGAAGUCUGUGGUUGGGAAAUUGGAGCACUGCGAGAAAAAGUUGAAGGAGAAACAGCAGGGGGCUGCCGCUGCGAAGAGCACAGCCUGA